CAUAACAGUAAGAGAGAGAGAAAUUAAAGAGAGAGAGAGUAUCUUGAUAUAAUAAUGUCGGGUUUCCUCAACUUCCGCGGUAGUUUCUCAAGAAAGUCGUCUUCGCCGGCGGCGGCGGCGGUUAAGGAAAGGCCGAAAAAGACGGCGACAUCCACGCAGGUUUUCCAACCAAACAUGGACGACAUGAGAAAGGUGUUCAGCAGGUACGACACCAACGGGGACGGGAGAAUCUCUAUGGAGGAGUUCAAGCUGGCGAUGCAGGUGAUCGGCGGCGGCGGCACGGAGGCGGCCGGGGCGUUCGAGGCGGCGGACUCCGACGGAGACGGCUACAUAGACUUCCAGGAGUUCAUCGCCGUCCACAACCUGGGAGGGGGGAUCAGCAAAGCUGACAUCAAGAACGCAUUCACGGUGUUCGACUUGGACGGGAACGGAAAAAUCAGCGCCGAGGAACUGUUGCAGGUGCUGCGGAGGAUGGGAGAGAGGUGUAACUUGGAUUCUUGCCGGAAAAUGGUGAAGGGUGUCGAUUCCGACGGCGAUGGACUGAUUGAUAUCAAGGAAUUUACGAAGAUGAUGACGGCCGCCGGCACCACCAAACGUUUCUAAUUUAUUUGUUACGAGGAUGUUUUGUGUUUAUGCAGACAAACUUCAACAACUAAGGGAGAUGGUUUACUUGUUUCCAGUCAA